GUCACCUACGUGCGUCGAGAACCUGAGUGCAUCAUGUUAUAGAGAGCAUAGGGGCUGCAGUGGCUCGAGCGAUUAGGAAUUUCAACUUAGAGAACCGAACAGAAUGGGAAAUCAGCAAGAUGAAGCCGUCUGCGGCCCCGAGGCACCCGUCCACCCGCAGCGUCCUGCAAGAGAUGAGCGACCAUCCGGAAAUUAAGAGAGGAAUUGCUAGGAAAAAUGACAAGCUGCUGUCAUUAUUGAAAGAUGUAUAUGUUGAUUCCAAAGAUCCUGUAUCACCUCUGCGGGUAAAAGAUUCUGAAACAUGGCAAGAGACAAAGGAAUCCAGAUUGCCAAAGGGCCAUCACUUUGGUAUAGAUAUUAAGAACAUUCCCAAGGGCAAGAUUUCCAUUGCAGAGGCCUUGACACUUCUCAAUAAUCAUAAACUUUAUCCAGAAACAUGGAUUGCUGAAAAAAUAGUACAAGAAUACCAUUUAAAACUGGAAGAUGUAAAUUCGCUUCUCAAGUAUUUUGUUACUUUUGAAGUCAAGAUCUUUCCUCCUGAAAACAAGAAAGCAAUAGAAUCAAAAUGAAGA